CCUCUGAGAUCUGGAGCGCUGGUGCUGGCGGAGCCGUCCCCAUGCCUCUGGCUAGAAAUCUAUUACACCCUUCCUUGGAAGAGGAAAAGAAAAAACCUAAGAAGAAACGGCUGGUUCAGAGCCCAGGUUCUUACUUCAGGGAUGUGAAAUGUCCAGGUUGCUACAAGAUUACUACAGUUUUCAGCCACGCGCAGACAGUGGUUCUCUGCGUAGGUUGUUCAACAGUGUUGUGCCAGCCCACAGGAGGAAAAGCCAGGCUCACAGAAGGCUGUUCAUUCAGAAGAAAGCAACACUAAUCAUCUAUACAAGUUCCUGAGUUUGUGUUUUUCACAGAAAGCCUUAUCAAGUUCAGUGACUCUACCAAGACAAUGUAACUGUGUUUGAUUUUAUAAAGUAUACAACAGUGAUCUCCUA